AUGACCGACGUCACGAAAUUACUGAGCGACAGUGCCGUAUCGGCCCAACAAGCUGCUGAGAAGCUCGCAAGUCCUUGUCUAGAGGCUAUCAAGAAGAAUGAAGACGCUUCAAAGAUUGAGGGGGAAUUCGACGGCCUUUGGUCUUCGGUGCUCUCCGCUGCCGAGCAGACCCCCCACGACAGGCAAGGGAAGCUAGUGGAAACCUUGCAUGCGAUAAAGAGCAUUCCGCAAUCUGCUGAGACAGCUAAGAAGGUUGUCGUUUGGGGUGAGGAGAAGCGCUGGGAUGAGCUCCCCAUGUUUGGGGGUAAAGCACGCGAGCAGCUUGACAUCGCACAAGAAAAGUCCGAUGAAGCUUUCGUCAAUAUCAACGGCUUCUUUGCGCGCGCAACUGCUGCUGGGGUUGAUGACCUUAGCCUCUUUGCCAUUUGGACCUUGCGAGAAGCGCUCGAAGACCCUGCUGCUGAUAAGAUCUCCCAGACGUCGCCCAAGCUAUUGAAGGCCUCUUCUGUCUGGUUUAUCUACGCCGCCGAUGCUCUUGCUAAGGCGAGCAAGGAUGGAAAGCAGUUUGACGGCAAAGUCGCCAAGCCUGGUGCUAGCCUGGCAGAGUUCAAAGAUGAGGCCGGAUGGAGGGGUUUCAACAAUGACAGAUGGAAAGUCUGGCAGGAUCGAUUCUCGAUUCUGAAAGAAGCAGACAUCUCCCAGGACUCUAAGUCCUUGGUGAGCCAGGCGACGGAUAGUCUCACAAAAGUCUAA